CUGAAUGUUGCUAAAUCACACGCUAAUUUGAAUUCUAAUCAACAGAUGUUUCGAAAGUGAAAUAUUGACAUAAUUCAUUAGAAACUGUCACAAUUUCUUUUGCGAAUUAAAUAUGGCAGCCACUAAAAUAAAAUCAGGAAAAAGCUUACAUACAGACGCCGUUUCACCUGUUAACAAUAUUUUUAAAAAAUUAUCUAAAAGUAGUGAAUGGUACACAUUUCGAAAACAACCCAUAGGUUGUAUAUAUUCGGCGGCUGCGACGACAGCAUCUAAAAGUGGUCGAAUGACGAGCGAGGCACGCAUUUAUUUCGCGUUUAAGACAAUGCGCAAAGAAACCCCAGUCGAUGAAACAUUAGAAAAAAUAAUUUUCAAACAUGAUACUCUUGAAGUUAAUUUGAUAUCGGCUCUAAUAGACAGCUUGGAUGCGUAUCCUUUACUCACAGUUAUCAAGUACAUACAUUUAUUAUUUAUAUUAUACAUGGUGGAACAUUACGAAGUCACAGGGGACUAAGUUGGGUGAAUAUGAUGACUGAAAUAUGGUUUAAACAAAGUUUUAAUCAAUAUUUUUUGUUUUGGGAACAUUAUGAAGUGACAGGGGACUAAGUCGGGUGAAUAUAAUAACUGAAAUAUAGUUUAAACAACUUUUUCAUCAAUAUCUUUAGUUUUGGGAACAUUAUGAAGUGACUGGGGACUAAAUAGGGUGAAUAUGAUGACUGAAAUAUGGUUUACAGUGUUGGCUUUGGCGUGAAAAUUGAUUUUGAAGGGGAAUCUUACAAUCUAGUCAAUUAUUGUUCGAUUACUUCAAUUAGAAUCAUUUUUGUAGAUUUGAGUUUUGUCAAUUAACAGCUAGACAUAUAGAAGAGUUGGCUGAAUUUUUGUAUCAAAUUAAAUCCAUAAAAGAAAUUAGUAUUAACGGGAAUCCAAUUCCAGAACAAAAUUAUCAUUUAUUGUUACAGAGAGAAAUUUUUUGUGUCUCGUUUAAAUAUUGUAAUAUAAACGCUGAAGGUAGGCUACAAUUAUUUUAUACAAGAAUAUGUACGUAAAUGAUUCAUACGCCAUCCUUACUUACAACCCCUGUAUCUUUUACACACCACCACAUAUUUCUAACAAUAUUUAUGACUUACCCUGUAUGAAUAAGUAUAUUACCACACGCAACUCUCGUUUUUUGAUGUUUAAAUUGGAUAACCACUAAAAAUAGAUUAAUUUUAUAAGCACGAGGAACAUAAAUAAACAAUUUUUUCCGACCGUUGCCUCGGUAUGAGGAGUCUAUUACCACAGAAUAAUUUAUCAAUCAACCAAAACUGUUCUAUGACUCAAACUGAUACGAUACGAAUACCAAGACGUGGUUCUAGAAAUGAAUCAGUGACGUAAGCGUAGAUGCGCGAUACCUCGAACCGUUCGUUUGACUGUGACCUUAUACAAAUAAUGGCGGUUAUCCAAUACGCCCAAUCAUCAAAAAACUUAAUUUUGGUUUGUUAGACAACUUUUUAAAAAUAUUUUUUUAAUAACAAAAGCCUUAAUUUAUCACAAAGUAUCUCUACAAAAUCCUCAAAGAUAUAAUUUAGCCUGAAAUCAUGGCGGCAGGUAGCACGUGACAUAUAAAAUGAAUGAAAAAUAGUACAGUGUUGCCAAAAUUGAAGCAUAUCAAUGAUUUUGUUUAGUAAAUUUAAUAUACCGCAAUAUAUCACAAAAUACUGAAUUACUUUUAGCAUACGAACAACAUUUCUUGAUAAGGUGACUAAUAAUUUCGAAGUCUUUUGAUAGAUAAGUCGACCAGA